AUGGGCAACAUCUGCAUGGAGUUUCUACAAAUAUGUCUUCAUCUAGGGAACCCAGUACCUGUCCUAUGCCCACCUGGUUAUUACUGCAGUGGAGGAAAUCAGACUAAUUCUGGACCUACAGCUGGACCUCAGGAGUGCCCUGUUCACACUUAUCGUGCUUACGCAGGGGCAGAGAAUGCUGGUGACUGCCAGCCCUGUCCCCCUGGCUAUUUCUGCAAAUUACCAGGUACAGUUCUGUAUGAGGACUAUCCAUGCCCACCAGGGUACUGGUGCCCAGGUUCCAAGAGCUGUGUCUGCCGAGGACUGAACCGCUCAUUUCAGGAAUUUGAUGGCUCCUGCAUCUGCCAGGCUGGAUUUGUGUUUUAUGACAACCGAGAGCAACAGAGAUCAGACAGCAACAGUGACUUAGACUGCCAGCCACAGGUGGCAGAGCGCUGUUCUAGUGCUGAAGUGCGCCUCUCAUCUACAAGAAAGUGUGUACACCCGGAGCAUCAUGACUGUACCCCAUCAUGCGGUCUUCAGGGCGGAGAGCUCAGCGCAGAGCUGGGAAUGUGCCAGUGUCUACAGUAUGUCUCAGCUGAAGAACUGUGUGAUCGCUUCUGCCUCAUGAAGGCACCACGUAUAUCAAUGAGCUUUGGAUCCAACAUGCAGUUCCAGCUACAAAUUGAAGAGUCUGAGAAGAGAAGGAGCCGGAAACUGGAGGUGAUGAAUGUCCUGGGUCCUGAUCACCACAUAUGGAGCAGUGAGCAAGUGCACCUUGUAUUGUUCAGUCCCAGUGGGGUAUUCGGUGUCAUUCUUUCCAGCGCUCAAGUCAUCGAAGCCUUUCUGACAGGAGAUUCGUGGUCUGUGCCAACACCCAGGAAAUCACGAGCUGUUGAUCGGGUCCUCACAUCGGCAGACUCUGUAUCUUUGCCCAGAAUACCCAAUCCUAUCCUGUGCCUCAAAAAGGGGGACGUUGUUUUAUUUCAGCUGAGCAUAUCACCAAACGAGCGGAUGUCCAGUCAUUAUCCAUUGUAUCAGAAAGACCACUUGUUUAACACCAACCCGCACUGGGACUUUGGAGCCUUCAGGAGACUUGAUCAUCUCAUCAAGGAGACCCAUAUUAAUGUUUCCAGGUAGCCACUGUAUGACCACAGUUUUCAUCACAUCUAGACCGUGACAGAGCACUGAUUGUGUGUUACCUGUGUGUUGUAGAUUUGCCCACGUAUUCACAGAUCCUGGUACAUAUGUGUUCCUGGACAACGGGAUUAGGGAUCGAUCCCUUUUUGUGACCGUGAAAGAGAAUAAUGUGUAUUGUGAUCCAGCAGCUUCCCGUAUCCAGCCAUCUUCUCCUUAUCAGCUUGUCAAGCAGGGUAUUGUCACUCAGCAGAGACUCAACUUGGCACCAAACUGGGCAGCAAUCCUGGGUAAUGCACUGUGCAAUGCUCUCAUCCCUGUGCAGCCAUUAGGGCAAGCGUUUCAGCAUGCUGUCCUAUUACUGCGCUCUUAAAUGUUAUAUCAGAAAUCAACCUCCUCCCUCAGCUCUAAUAAUAACGAUGCUGCUUUGCAUGUUAUUUAGGUGUUCUGCUGCUGCUCUUCACAGUAAUGGUAACUCUGCUGGUCCUGACCUGGG